AUGGCGGGAACUACUUCCACUUCUACCACGAGCUCGAGCAGUCAGUAUUUACAAGACUUCAUGGCUGACUACGCUUUCAAGCACUACCAAUAUAUUCUAACUCCUCAAGAAAUCCACGAAAUUACAACGGAGUCAUAUUGGGAUAACGACGUUGACGCCUUCUGCAAUAAUAUGAUAGAAGUCAAUUUUGGCGAGUCUAUCCCGGGCACUAACAACGUCAAGCUCCCCAGCACACUGAGGAUAUAUACUAACGAAGAGGUUGAAGCAAUGGAGGCUGCAGUCAACCAAUCUUCAAGUAUUUCUGAUUUACGAUAA